UCACCCACAGGUGAAGCGGAGUAAAAGCGCACUGUUGAGCGCGUGGGAGAGACUCCUAUCUCAUUACAUUCGACAACUUCAUCCGGUACAAGAGUCAUUUCUUGUUUGAGACUGUAGUUAUUUCAACUUGUUGAGGAGCAGGCAUGGAUACAGCGCGGUCUGCUAGGACGCAUAUCAUCUGGACAUCGAUAGCUUUGAUCUUUAUUUUAAUCGCAUCGUGCUUGGCAUAUGUCUUCGUGUCAAAGGUGCCCAAAUGCCAAAUAACAAACAUCGUGAAUGUCGCUGAAUUUACAGCAAGUAUGUUCAGACAUGAGGUCUCUCAUGAACACUGGCUUCUGAAAGCUCAGAACUACAGUGCGGCAGAUCAUCGUUUGAUCUGGGAGGAUGAGUGGCUGGGAUACAGGAACGAGAGUGAGAGUAUUCUGGACCAGACUAACAUGUGGAUGGUCAUUCGAGAGAAAGGUGUCUACCUGGUCUAUAUACAAGCUAACUUCAUUCUAAACCCACGGAAGAAUAAUGGUUCUACUGUAGAACUGAAAAUUUUAGUGGAUUUCAGUUAUGGUGGGCAGAAGGAGAUUUUUUCAGCCGCACAUGACACUCAGGUGGUGAGUGUCAACUCGUCUCCAGAUGCGAAGCUCAACACUUUCCUUCUGAUGAAAAUGCAGUCAACAAGCCAGUUAUCAGUGAGAGUAUUUCCAAGUCACUUGGUGAACUACCAACCCAGACCCUUCUCCACCUUUAUCACUAUCAUAAAACUGGCAGACAACUGGUAGACUGUCGCAUAUGUUGCAGAAGUGAUUGGCUUUCCCGGUGAAAACCAUAUCCAUGUCCAAUUUUUACAAUGACGGUUGUUCUUAUCUUCUUGUUAGCUUUAUAUGUGACAUUCUGAGUGGACGCGGUCUCAAGAUCAGCUGCUAGAACACCUGAGAUUUUCCAGCUAUUGUACUAGGAAAUGCUCGCUGACAUUAACAAGGAUUGCGUGGGGGGUUGUGAUACUUUCUUGGUGUUUUUUCUUCUUCCUUUCGAAAUAUGAAGAUCACAUCUCAUGAUCUUCUCAGAAGCAUGACACAUUUUCCUCUCAACAGAUAUAUGAGUUAGGUUUGUUUUGUUUCAGUUUUUUUAUGAGUCAAGAUCAAAAAGGGCAUGAUAUACUGUUUAUGAGCACCGACUUUGAAGAUUCUCAUGUAUUACUUACAUAAAAGAUGUCAUAACUGCCUGCAAACAUUUGUUUUACAAAACAGUAGUAAGCUAAUUCUCUUUAGUGAAGUGCAUCUUCCUGUAUAUAUUUAAUCACGCAGUAUUUUAAUCAUCGACAGUUGAAUGUAAACACUUCUUAAUACCCUAUCUUUGUCCAGCAUCAGUGUUUGAUAUGAAUGCUCAUUGUGUCAAAACAAAAGCUAAUGAUAUGGAGCAAUAUUUUGUGUAAAUAUGUGCUUCCUUUUUUAAGACAAGAAAUCUGCAUUUUUAUUUGUCAAAGUUCUUGAAAUGUGGUGCCAAUUUUUAUCUGUGAGCAGAUUCAUCCAGCCACAGAAGCUGGAAAGAUUAUUUUUUCAUGAAUGUCAUGGAAGUGUUUUCUGGUGGUGGUGGUGGUGAUGUUUUUUUGUUCUUUUUCCUCACAUAAAAAAAUACCACUAGUUACACUAAUGCAAUCAGUCAAGCAAGCCAUAGGAAUCUGAACAACAUCAGCUGUUUUAAUGAGACAACGGAGUGCUUUUCUUUUCCAGCGAGUGGGAAAGUUUCUUUUCCAAAACCCAGUAUUUUUUUCUGUCAGGAAAAUACCUUUUCUGAUGAUUCAUACUUUUUUUGUAUUCAGAUGACCCAAACCAGCUGGCCAAAUCUAAAGAAGAUAUUUAAAACAAGAGAGUAAAUGUACUGCUUUUUUCUUUCUUUCUUUUUGUAUGAAAUUUUUGUUCUUUCACAGCUAAGCCCUUAUACAUAUUAUAUCUAAAAAGGUAAUUGUUAAUGCUGAGUGAUUUUAAUUUACUACUUUUUUUUUUUUUACUGUUCUCAAAUAUGCAAAAAUAUAUUUAUGUCAUUUUAAUAUUUUUAUUUAAACUAAUAAUUAUAAAUAAAGCAAUCUGUUUUCCCUUUGCAUGCCUCAUUUUCAGUAAGUUAAUUUCUUUAUAUUAACCAAACAUCACACUUCAGUAGAAAGUUGUUUGUGAUAAAUGUUUAAUAAAUGGAUGGUUACAAAAAUGUCCCAACCAGACAAUGUAAUAUCACAAACAAAAUGAUUUAUGU